AUCCUGCUUUAAUUUUAUGGAAGAGGCUACGUAGGCCUACAUCUUUUUAGUAGCGAAGGAUGGUAUUUUUUAAUAUAGCCAGCUACUAAUAUUUUGUAUUUGUUUUGAUGUACAUAAUUAUCCAACGCGACUAAAUUAGGCUGUAGAAAGGGCCUACAUAUAGUCAACGUUGAGAAUGAGAUUCUCAAUGUUUAUUUCUCUGCUGAGGCCGAUCGGGCCGGUUAUUAUCGGUAUUUCUUUGGGCUUUACCUUAAGUUUACUUAGUGUGAAUUGGGUGGAGGAAUCUUGUUUCCUCAACGGGAAAGCGAGUGAAGAAAUAAGUUUGUCCCAAGAUGGGAAUUCAAAAGGAGCAACGAGACCCAAUUCGAUAUCGACGGUCAAAGAUGUGGACGCCGAGGAAGAUUUUGAGCCAAGAAUAGUGCCAUAUAAACCAGUCCAACAAAGCAAACCAAAUAAACUUUUUCGGGCUAAGUACAUCAGUACAGAGCUGGGGAUCCGGGAGCGCCUCUUCGUCGGGAUCCUGACGUCCAAAAGCACCAUCAACACAUUGGGAGUGGCCGUGAACCGCACCCUCAGCCACCACCUGGACACUGUCGUCUUCUUCACCGGCACGCGCAACCGCAAAGUGCCCCACGGCAUGUUCGUGGUCACCCAUGGGGACGAGAGGCUCAUAUGGAACAUGUUCCAGACCAUCAAGUACAUCUUGGAGCACUAUGUCCAUGAGUAUGACUGGUUCUAUCUGGCCCAGGACGACACCUACACCGAGGCAGACCGGAUCAAACAGCUGGUGGCUCACCUGAGCAUGGACCGGGAGCUUUACAUGGGCAGCCCAGAGGAGUUUAUAGGUGGGGAGAUGGAGGGGAGGUACUGCUACGGUGGGUUCGGAUACAUUCUCUCCCGUACCCUGUUGCUCCGGCUCAAACCCUUCCUGGAGAACUGUAGGAAUGACAUCCUGAGCGCCAGGCCUGACGAGUGGCUGGGCAGAUGCAUCAUUGAUUAUGCCAACACCAACUGUGUGGAUGAGCAUGAGGGGCUGCAGUACUACCAUUACGAAAUGGGCAAGAACUCAGAUCCGAGUAAGGAGGACAAUAUGCAGUUUAAAAAUGCCUUGACUGUCCACCCGGUGUCUGACCCUGAGCAGAUGUAUAGACUACACAAGCACUUCACUGAGAUCGAACUGCAGAGGACAUACGAUGAGAUUGAGAUGCUGCAGACGGAGAUAAAGAAUGUGAGUGAAGUGGCUUACGAUGGCAACCGGAGCGCCCAGUGGCCCAUUGGGAUCAAUCCUCCCUUUGAGCCCAAGUCCCGCUUCGAAGUCCUUCGAUGGGACUACUUCACGGAGGAACAGGUGUAUUCGUGCAUCGACGGCUUCCCCAAGUGUGAACUGCGCGGUAUUGAUCGUUUGGACGUGGCCGACGUCAUCGAGAUAGCCAUGGGGGAGCUGAACAAGAAGUACAAGCCUGUCCUCCACUUGAAGAAGCAGCAGCUGAUCAAUGGCUACCGGCGCUUCGACCCCACUCGGGGCAUGGAGUACACCCUGGACCUGCAGCUGGAGGUAGUCAACCAGAAAGGUCACAGUAGCUCCAUCACCAAGAGGGUCCACCUGGUGCGUCCCCUGAGUCGCAUCGAGAUCAUCCCCAUGCCUUAUGUCACAGAGGCCACCAGAGUUCACAUCAUCUUACCGCUGAAUGUUCAGGAUCGAGAUUACGUCAACCAUUUUCUUGAAGUGUUGGCCGCAAAUUCGUUUGAGACCAGUGAAAACGCCAUCUUGACUUUCCUGUUCAUCUACGACCCAUUCGAGGCCCAGCAGGUCAACCAGAAUGACAUCUUCGCCAGUGUUAAAACCCAGAUCAAUGCCUACGAACGCAAGUAUCCAACAGUGAAGAUCCCGUGGAUAAGUGUCAAGACCGAAACCCCCUCUCAAAUCAAAUUCAUGGACAUCAUCUCGAAGAAGCACCCAGUAGACACUCUGUUCUUCAUCACUAACGUCAACACCAACGUCAACUCAGAGUUCCUCAACCGUUGCCGCAUGAACUCCAUCAACAACUGGCAGGUGUUCUUCCCAAUCCACUUCCAGGACUACAACCCAGACAUUGCCUUCCAUAACCAGGAGCCCCCACCCGCAGUAGACCUGGUCAAGGACGCCGGACACUUUGACCGCAGUUCGUUCGAGGAGGCGUGCUUCUACAACACUGACUACAUGGCGACGCGCACACGCAUGGCCUCCGACGUGCAGGAGAACGAGGAGAUCCUGGAGACCUUGGAUAUCUACGAUAUGUUUGUCAGGUACUCAACCCUGCAUGUGUUCAGGGCUGUGGAGCCAGCCUUGCACCAGAAGUACCACUACCAGGCCUGUAACCCUCGGCUCAGUGAGGACAUCUACCACAGGUGUGUCCAGAGCAACCUGGAUGGCCUGGGAGCCCGUUCCCAGCUCGCCAUGCUGUUAUUUGAACAAGAGCAAGGAAAUAGCACUUGAUCACACCUCGCUUAGAAACUUCUCCUUGAAUGUGUGUGUGAAUGGGUGUAUGUGAAUGUGUGUGUGAAUGGGUGUAUGUGAAUGUGUGUGUGAAUGGGUGUAUGUGAAUGUGUGUGUGAAUGUUUGCGUGCGUGUGAUUGUGUACAUUCCUUUUUUUUUUACUGAAUACAAAAAACCAUGCUGGAACCAAAUGGGGUGGUUUUGAACAUUGAACGUAUUUUAAACCUUUGAUUUGGUGGUCAUGCAGGGAUGCCUAUAUCAAUAUAUUUUUUAUAUAUUAGAAAAGUUCUACAUACAUUUGAUGUUGCUCUCAAGGGUAUGGCUUUUAACCUGCACAGCUUUUGAUACUUGGUCCUUUGCAGUUUAGUAAUCACUACUAAAGCACAUCUCAAUAUGUGUGCCUUUUAAUGUCUGUCGGUCCUCUUGUAUUUUCAUGUCCCUUGUCACAUCAAGCAAAAUAAGUAGAUUUACAUGUACACAUUUAUCAAUAUUUGAGGCCUCAUAUUUCCACACUCCACAAUUCAUAUUUUAAUGUGUAAGCUGGCAUCUGAAAUAUAGAUUCACUCUACUCAAAGAUGUUAAACGGAAGAAAGCUUUAUGGCACUGACGUAAUCAGAUGCGCCGUGAGAUUACUGUUAGGUUAAGAGGAUUGGACAUUAUGUGUCAGUACUGUAGGUCCCCGUAGGUGAGGUAGAAAACUACCCCUCUAGGGGUCUCUUUAGGAGGUUGCAGCAUUACACAUUCUUUUUAAAAAUCAAAUAAAAAGCAUAUGAUUGUCUGUUAUUUAGAAUAGGAAAUCAUGUCAUCUUUAUCUGUUACAUUUCUAUCUGCAACACUCUAAACAUUUCACCCCUCUGAAUACAGAGUUAGAUACUGUAUGUUUCUCUGACCAUAUUGCUGGAGAGUCCUUGAAAAUAACUGAGGCCAACUUUGUGACUGGACUAGUUCACAUAAGUUGCUGGUUUCAGUAUGUACCACACUAAAAUGUCAUCUCAAUAUAUUAAAGUAGCAAUUUGAAAGCUGUUGCAUUUUAAGAAUGUAGUUAUUGAGGGCAAUCAGGAUUGUGAUUUGUAAUGUAUACGUUGGUAGUCAAUGUUGUAACAUGAAUGCUAUUAAAUCGGAAUAUACCUGAAGAUAUACAGUUGAAGUCGGAAGUUUACAUACACCUUAGCAUUUCAACUCAGUUUUUCACAAUUCCUGAAAUUUAAUCCUAGUAAAAAUUCCCUGUCUUAGGUCAGCUAGGAUCACCACUUUAUUUUAAGAAUGUGAAAUGUCAGAAUAAUAGUAGUGAUUUUUUUUUUCAGCUUUUAUUUCUGUCAUCACAUUCCCAGUGGGUCAGAAGUUUACAUACACUCAAUUAGUAUUUGGUAGCGUUGCCUCUAAGUUGUUUAACUUGAGUCAAACAUUUUGGGUAGCCUUCCACAAGUUUCCCACAAUAAGUUGUGUAAAUUUGGGUCUAUCCCUCAUUACAGAGCUGGUGUAACUGAGUCAGGUUUGUAGGCCUCCUUGCUCGCACACGCUUUUUCAGUUCUGCCCUCAAAUGUUCUAUAGGGUUGAGGUCAAGGCUUUGUGAUGGCAACUCCAAUACCUUGACUUUGUAAUUCCUUUAGCCUUUUUGCCACAACUUUGGAAGUAUGCUUGGGGUCAUUGUCCAUUUGGAAGACUCAUUUUGUGACCAAGCUUUAACUUUCUGACCUGAUGUCUUGAGAUGUUGCUUCAAUAUAUCCACAUACUUUUCUUUCCUCAUGAUGCACUCUAUUUUGUGAAGUGCACCAGACCGACUCCCUGCAACAAAGCACCCCCACAACAUGAUUCUGCCUCCCCGGUGCUUCACGGUUGGGAUGGUGUUCUUCAGCUUGCAGGCCUCCCCUUUUUCCUCCAAACAUAACGUUGGUCAUUAUGGCCAAACAGUUCUAUUUUUGUUUCAUCGGGCCAGAGAACAUUUCUCCAAAAAGUACAAUCUUUGUCCCCAUGUGCAGUUGCAAACCGUAGUCUGGCUUUUUUAUGGCGUUUUUGGAGCAGUAAAACCGUAGUCGGGCGGUUGUAUGGCAAUUCUGGAGCACAACCAGACUUGUGGAGGUCUACAAAACUUCUUCUGAGGUCUUGGCUGAUUUCUUUUGAUUUUCCCAUGAUGUCAAGCAAAUAAGCACUGAGUUUGAAUGUAGGCCUUGAAAUACAUUUCUGCCAAGUUAUAAUAAUAAUCACAAUUAUUAUUAUAAUUAUUGUAUAUAUACAUUUCCAUGGUACCACAUUGUAGCCCUCAAUAUGUAAUAGUUUGGCAUCAAGCAAAUCGCUGUACACUGCAACUUCCACUCAGUAUUGUGCAAACAGAGGCCUUUUGAGUGGGUGCAGCAGGUACCAGUAACCUGAGAAGUAAAAUAUGUGCAAUACUGUAUAUAUAUAUAUAUAUAUAUGAACAAAUUCUAACUGUCCAUUCAAGGACAGGGAUUUUAUUUGUUUGACAUGUGUUGCAAAUUGAGAAUAUGUUCUAAAGUUAUAUUUAUAAAGCUUAUACCAAGCCAAUAUCCUUUGUAACACUGAAUGUGACAUGGCCUACAUUGAAGGUAGACAGUGAAAUGACGUUGCAACUUGCAGCAGCGCAGAUGUUGCGAUGAGACGCAAGACUUUGUUCUCAUACAGUCACACACCGUAUCUGCGCGUGUGUAUGGGUUCGUACGGGACCGAAACUGCUGAGAAGUUUAGCCUCGCGCUUCAACGCUCUUAUUUGUUGCGGAAGUUGACCCACUAUGUUGUUGACUUUGUGCAUCUAUGUCCUUUCGCGGAGUCUAUAGUACCUUUUUUAAGACUUUACUGACAUUACUGUUUUGUGUAUAAAUUAAUACACUACAUUUUUUAAAGAUUCGAUUUGUAUUGUAUUAUACUGAAAGAAACACUAUGGACACUGAAUCUAUCAUGAAAUGAAUACAUACUAAAAAGAAACAACCAAAUGCCCUUGUAAAUCUAGAGUUUACAUGUACAGUGCCUUCAGAAAGUAUUCACACCCUUUUACUUUUGUGUAACUGAUCUACACACAAUACCCCAUAAUGUCAAUGUGGAAUUUGGUUUGUAGAACAUUUUAGAAAGGAAUAAGAAAAAUGAAAAGUCAAUAAGUAUUCAACCCCCAAGCAUAGAUAAGUUCAGGAGUAAAAAUGUGCUUAACGAAUCACAUAAGUUGCAUGGACUCAUUCUGUGUGCAAUAAUAGUGUUUAACAUAAUUUUUGAAUGCUACCUCAUCUCUGUACCCCACACAUACAAUGAAUUAUAUGGAACUUCCCUCAGUCGAGUAGUGAAUUUCAAACACAGAUUCAACCACAAAGAUGUGGGAGGUUUUCCAAUGCCUCGCUAAUUACACUUUGGAUGGUGUAUCAAUACACUCGAAAGAUACAGCCGUCCUUCCUAACUCAGUUGCUGGAGAGGAAGGAAACUGCUUAGGGAUUUCACCAUGAAGCCAAUGGUGACUUUAAAAUGGCUGUGAUAGUAAAAACUAAGGAUGGAUCAACAAUGUAGUUACUCCCCAAUUACUAGCCUAAUUGAGUGAAAGAAAACCUGUACAGAAAACAAACUAUUAAAAAAAGGCAUCCUGUUUGUAAUAAGGCACUAAAGUAAUACUGCAAAAAAUGUGGCAAAGCAAUUCAAUUUUUGUCCUGAAUACAUAGUGUCAUGUUUGGGGCAAAUCCAAUAAAGCACAUUAUUGAGUACCACCAUCCAUAUUUUCAAGCAUAGUGUUGGCCGCAUCAUGUUAUGGGUGUGCUUGUAAUUGUUAAGGACUGGGGAGUGUUUCUGGAUUAAAAAAGAAACGGAAUGGAGCUAAGUACAGGCAAAAUCCUAGAGCAAAACCUGGUUCAGUCUGCUUUCCACCAGACACUGGGAGAUUAAUCCACCUUUCAGCAGGACAAUAACCUAAAACACAUGGCCAAAUCUACACUGGAGUUGCUUACCAAGAAGACAGGGAAUGUUCCUUAGUUGCCGAGUUAGUUUAUUUACUUAGACAACCAAAAUAAGUAGAUUUAACAAUGAAAAUUGUUGUCUAGCAAUGAACAACGACCAAUUUGACAAAGCUUGAAGAAUAUUGAAAAGAAUAAUGGAAAAAUGUUGCAAAAUCCAGGUGUGGAAAGCUCUUAGAGACUUAUCCAGAAAGACUCACAGCUGUAAUCACUGCCAAAGGUGCUUCUACAAAGUAUUGACUCGGGGUGUGAAUACUUAUGUAAUUGAGAUAUUUCUGUAUUUAAUUUCAAAUAAAUUAUUACAUUUUGAAUACAGUCUAACACAAGAAAAUGUGGAAUAAUUUUAGGGGUAUGAAUACUUUCUGAAAGCAUGAUUUUCCAAGAGGUUUUGCUAGAGACCAUUUGAGAUUACAAUACAUUAUGCAAAUUCAGAAUGAUGAAGCUCAAAUAGAGAUUUCCAUUGUUUCCCUUGUAUCUGAUGUGUGUAAAUAUAAUAUGUAAGGGAUAAUCCACGAGGGGCUAUGCGUUCUAUGAAAAAUAAUGAACAACGUGGAAGGUGUGACCUUCCACGGAGUUGCAUUUUCCAGAGAAUGCAUAGAGCCCCGAGUUGAUUAUCCCUUUUAUACCAUGGCUAUAAUUUAACAUAUUUGCCACUAGAAAUGUGUUCAACAUCCACUGAAGUAGCUCGCAAGUUUACUAGAUGGCUAGUUGCCAUGGUCACCAAACAGACUUGCUAAUUUAGCUAACCAAACCAAUCAGUCCUAGCUUGUUAUUAUGAAAAUCGAAUUCAACAAUACCGAUACUGUUUUCAAUUUGACUUUUGCUUUCAAAAGCAACUAAAAAAACAUAUAAAAAUGAGCUAUUGCCAUUGAAUUCUACUGCGCAUGUGUUAUUUAAGCAAUAAGUCAUGGGGGGGUGUGGUAUAUGGCCAAUAUACCAUGACUUGUGGAGUGCUUGGAUACAGCCCUUAGCUGUGGUAUAUUGGCCAUAUACCACAAACACCCGAGGUGUCUUAUUGCUAUUAUAAACUGGUUACAAACGUCAUUAAAAAAAACAGUUUUGUCAUACCCGUGAUAUACCACGGCUGCCAGCCAAUCUGCAUUUAGGGCUCGACCCACCCAUUUUAAACAGGCAAAUAAUGCCCACUCUAGGAUGCCCUUUGAGCCAAUCUGGAAGGACUAUUAAACAAUGCCAUGGUAUGUCAUCUAAUUGUUAUGACAAAUCUUCAGUUAGUAGCUUUGUUUAGGUGAGGCGAUGGCGUAAUCGACAUUUCCUGCUUUGCAUUUUACACUGUUGACUAUUCUCUGUUUACUACCAGUGUAAAUAUUGGAUUCAGUCGUUUUGAAGUGUCCAGUGUAUGUUUCUAAUGGUAGUGUUAACCUAACUCAUUAUUAAUCUAAUUGAGAAACAGUGACCACUUGGGAAUUCGGAAUUCAAUCCAUAUCCUCCCCAUAAAGCAGCUGACCCAAGUCUGUCCAGACCUAUAUUAAAAAGGUCCUGUGUACAGCACAAGCUGUAAAUUGUCCCCCCCCCCCCUGUCUAUAGGACAUCCGUUACAAAACAAACAACCGCAGAACACUUCCAACCUACAAAUGGAAAAUGAAAUAAUCAUUGGUAAAUCUUCUGUUACAAACAUGUUCCAUGUCAUAUUACUGAGUACAUCACUAUUGUGUAGAUACAAGACUCAAUGGUGUACUGAAAUCCUCAAUGAACUGUGAAUUAUUGUAAUGAUGGAAUAAACAACUAAAGUGUGAA